AGCCUCGUAGGAUGCCGUAGUGCGCUGAUGUAAAUAGACGGAAGUCGUGAAUGUAUUGGAAAGCGAAGCGUGAUAUUUGUGCUCCAUUCUAAAUGACGUAUAAGUUAUUUAUAAGUAAUAACAUAUAUAAAUGCACUACUCAGGGUAUGAGGUACAGCGCCAACACACUAUGUGAGGUUUUAUGUGUCCUAUAGUGAGCCCUUUAGACUCAGACCUAUUGCGCAUGCGCUGCGUGGCAGUAAAUAAGCGUCUAAUUCAUCAAACAGCUUUGUUAAAGUGUAUUCGAGUGGUAUGGCAGGAAGCUACCUGGCAGAGAAACACUUCAGAUUUGUGGUCGUAGGUGGAGGAAUUUCAGGGGUCACCUGUGCGGAACAGCUGGCCUUCCAGUUUCCUAAGGAGGAAGUUGCUCUUCUCACCGCUGCCCCACUGGUAAAGACUGUGACUAAUUUAAGACAGGUGUCCAAGACUUUGGAGGACUUUGAUGUGGAAGAACAGCCAUCCAACAUUUUAGAGGCGAAGUAUCCUAACUUGAAGGUUAUUCAUUCAGCAGUGAGAGGUCUCCAUGCAAAACAGCAUAUGCUGCAGACUGAGGAUGGACAUAACGUCCAUUACCAGAAGCUUUGUGUGUGCACUGGUGCCAGACCUAAACUUGUCAUCAAGGAGAACCCUCAUGUACUGGGCAUACGAGACACAGAUAGUGCACAGGAUUUUCAGAAGAAGCUUUCCAAAGCUAAGCGCAUGCUAGUUGUUGGGAAUGGAGGAAUUGCAUUGGAAUUGGUCUAUGAAGUGGAGGGCUGUGAAGUGAUCUGGGCCAUAAAGGACAAGGCCAUAGGGAAUACGUUUUUUGAUGCUGGAGCUGCUCAAUUCCUCAUCCCCUCACUGGAGGUGGAGAAGCCUGAGAAAACAUUGCAGUGCAGAAGAGCACGAUACACCACAGACAAAGCUACAAAACCUAAAGCAGCAGCUGCAGCAGAUCUUGGUAGUGCCUUAGGUCCAGAUUGGCACCAAGACAUCAGUCUAAGAGGAGCAGAGGAGGUAUCACACAACGUUCAUGUAGAAUACGAGUGUGAGAUUGAAGCAAUCCACUCCCAGGAGGACUUCAUGCAAACAAUGUUCUAUACAAAGAACCGUGAUUUAGGUGUGUGGCCAGUUUAUGCACAGUUAACCAAUGGGAAGGUCUAUGGCUGUGACUUUAUAAUCAGUGCUACAGGUGUUAUCCCAAAUAGCGAUCCUUUUCUUCAGGGUAAUAAUUUUGAGCUGGCAAAAGAUCAUGGCCUGAAAGUUGAUGAGUGCAUGCGGACAUCUGAAGCAGAUGUGUAUGCAGCUGGAGAUGUGUGCAGUGCAGGUUGGGAGCCUAGUCCCCUUUGGCAGCAGAUGCGCUUAUGGACUCAGGCACGUCAGAUGGGCUUCUAUGCCGCACGCUGUAUUGCAGCCCAUGAGCUGGAGGAGGCCAUUGAGCUGGACUUCUGCUUUGAGCUCUUUUCACACAUGACCAAGUUUUUCAACUACAAGGUGGUGCUGCUAGGAAAGUUUAAUGCUCAAGGCCUGGGCCUGGAUCAUGAACUGCUGGUGCGUUGCACUAAAGGCAUGGAAUAUGUGAAGGUGGUGUUGAGUGGAGGCCGUAUGGUGGGGGCUGUUCUUAUUGGAGAGACUGACCUGGAAGAGACCUUUGAGAAUCUCAUCCUCAACCAGAUGGAUUUGUCAUCCUAUGGGGCAGAGUUGCUUAACCCCAACAUUGACAUUGAGGACUACUUUGACUGAAUAACAAUGCUGAGGAUCCUGUACAUUAGACGUUUUAUAAUAAAUUAUAAUAUAUGUAAAAUCCUGAAUAUAAAGUGCAAUAUCAUUUUAAUUUGCCUGUAUUUGAAUUGUUUAAAGCAGUCAUAUUGUUUCAAAGAUUCCUUCUUCAAAGGUAACUUAUAUUGCCGAUAUUUCAAUCAACUUGGUUUCCAGUGAUGGUAUUUCCUUCUUGGAAAUAGGCUUUGCCCCAAAUGGAACAGAGUUGCUCUUUAUAAGGUUACUUGCUAAUAAUAUGUAGUAAUGGGGUGGGCUUAUUUGUGGGACAGGUGAAAACUUGUAGAGAUUUCCAUGUGAAUGGCAAUUUGCCUCUGCCUGCAUUUGAAGAAGUAGCAAGUAGCAUCUUAUGAGUAACAUGGUGGACCUCAGUAUUGAAAAUCAUUUCUAUAUGAACUCCUUCAUAAAUUCACUUGCAAAUUACACAUUUAGUUAGUUAUUAUUAUUUGUUUAGUUGGUUGAAUUCAUUGUCCUGGACCUCAUUUUGAACAUACCUUUCUGAUUUUGCAGAUUUUACCUGAUUAAAUCAAAUUGGAUGUAAAUUUCAAUUGAUGUAAACAAUUAAAAUAAAUGACUAGAGUUGAGCCACUCAUCA